AUGAAUCCAACACCGGCCAAACGUGCUAGACGCACUUCAUCACCUUCAUCUCCCACUGAAUCGUCAACGUCUACAUCACAAAGACCAAGACCGCCAACCGCAUCACCUUCACAUCCUAUCUUACCUGCUCCAAUACCGUCAAAUCCCACUGGACUACCACCGUUCGCUCCUGGUCCAUCAGGUUGGCAAUCGAAUUGGAGAUCAGAUUCCCGACGUUCUUUCGAAGCUGGAUCUCCGAUAUCAGCUACUUCACCUACACUAGAAGGUCAAGAUGAAUCAGGAGGUGUAAUAUUCACAAGAGAUGUCAGUAAUAGAGCUCCAAGGAGUAUGAUGGCUUGUACCAGGUGCAGAAGGCAAAAGAUGAAAUGCGAUGGACCUAGCUCAGUCCCGUGUAGAGGGUGUAGACAAUCUGGUCAACCCUGUAUAUUUGAACCGCGGUCACGACCCAAAUCGAUUUCAGUAAUACCUUCUCGAUCGGUACCCUAUCAUCUCUCUGGAAGACCUGGUUCACCGUCAGGUGUAGGCUUCUAUCCUGCUGGUCCUCAACCUGCUCCUCCUAUAACGUCUCGUGCUCCACCUUCGGGAUCUGAAACGUACGCUUUCAGACAAGCAAGAGAACCUAUGCCCCCUCCUCCUGGUAACUCUUUGGCUUUACUCACAUCACCUUAUGCCUCAUCAUCAAGACAUUCUCCUCCACGACCUGGUACCGCUGCAAGUAUAUCGAGCCUCCCUCCACCGCCACCUCAUCCUCUACCACCCACUCAAGCUGUUUAUCACCCACCUCAUAACGUAGCUCAUCCACCACCUUUCCCAACAGCUUCAGUCCUUGGACCCCCGCCAGUCACCCCAAGUCAAGAUUCGAGGUUACAGAAAAUCGAAUCUUCGCUACGUGGUAUGCCCGCCGCAAUCUCAUCUCUCCAAUCAUCCAUGAUUUCUUUGCAAAGGCAUCUGAUGCCCAAGAGGAGCGUUCCCUUGCAUGAAGUUACUUGGGAGAACUACAGGAACAAGGCGUGGCCAUUGACUCCUUGGCUGAUUGGAUUGAGAGAUCCUGAUGGACUACCCGGAAUGGUUGUGAGCUUACUUGGGAGAAGAACCGUCAUCGACAGUGAAUCGAAGAAGAGAGAUUCAGAGAGUUUUUUAGUCGAUGUCAGUUUAGAAGUGGGAAGAUUGGUUAGCGAAAGAGCAGAUUGGACAAGAGAAGAAAUAAGAUCCCUUGGUGUAUUAGCGACGUGGAUCAAUGACCCUUCUUACGCUGCUUUAUCGAUCGCCCAAGCUAGAUUAGAAGGAAUGGAUCGACUUUAUCAACCCAGGAAAAACUCGGAUGAUUGGCGAGAAUGGGUAUAUAUGGUGAUAAUGGAUCACCUAUGCCAUAUUCCCGACUUCCUGCCGCCAGUGACUAGGGAUCCGCUCGCUGUGGCUUGGAGGGAGAGAUUGUCAGCUGCUCCUGCCAGUGAUCCAGCUAUCAGAGACAGGGAUUCAAAGCUAUUGGCAUGGUUGGAGUAUUCAGAGCUGAUGGCUGAUCUGCAACAACUUCAAAACAUAUCAAGAAGUGCAUCUUCGCCAUCCGAGAAUCCAACGGAGGAGUCCAUACUGGAAGAUAGAAGAAGUAGAGCCAUGGAUCCCUGGAGGAAAUUCGCCAACAGGUUAGAUGGUUGGGCUAGAACAUGGUCAAUUGCAAAUGACCCUAUACUUACGUUAUAUCACCACUAUGCCCUUCUAUACGCUACUUCACCCGCUUUCCUAGCUGACGAGAGGAUAUGGCAAGAAUUGGCUGAUAGUAAGGAAGGCUUCAAGAUGCUCGAGCGAGGCAGAGAAUCAGCAACGGCCGUCAUAGCAUGUAUCUGCUCUCCUGACAUCAGUGGAACGCUGUUCUACUCAUUCGCACUCUACAGACCAUUGUUUGGACUUUCGAUCCUUCACUUGAUCUCGUUGACUCUGACACCCCUACCGUCAACCUCAUCUCCUUUACUCGUACCAGGACAUCUAUUGGGCGUUCUUCGACAAGCUUAUGAUCAUAUAAUGGCACAUCAACCUAUAGAUAGGUUACGCCCUCUCACAUCUCAAGGCGUGUGUCUGCUUGCUGAAGUUGUGGAAAGCGGGAGAGUUGAGGUGGCGAAACGAUGGAUGGGAAUGGAAGUCUCCAGAGACGGUUGGAGGAAAAUAGUGGGUUAG